AUGGUGAAAACUGGUAAAAUUCAAAGUAUAUCUUAUACACUUGAUGAAUUACGUCCAAUUCGAUCGUCUGUGGAUCAAUGUCGUUCUUAUUUAGUCAGAUUUAUUGAACAAUACAAAUCAAUUGAUUUAUUAAAUCUUGAAACUCGUUUAUUAAGUCGUUGUGUUUAUAAAAACUGGAAUGCCCGUCGUGCUGAACUUGGUAUUCAAGCAAGUCGACGUACUGUGCGUUUACUCGAACAAUUUCUAUUAAAACGAGAACAAAAUCUUGAACAAAUUUUAAUUGAAUUUAAAUCAGAUGAAAUUAAAAUGAGUUUACCAUCACGUGGAACAAUCAAUCAAUUACUUACUAAUCUAGAAGAAUCAUCAUUAUUAUUAACAAAAAUCAAACGUUUAUCAAAAACAACUGUUGAUCGAAUAAGACUUGAAUGUAGUCGAGGAAAUUAUGUUCAUUAUAAUAUAUUAAUCAUGUCACUUUGUUCAAGAAUUCAUUUUUUAGUUGUAGCUCUUGAAAAAACUCACGGAGAUUUUUGUUUCAAUGUUAAAAAUUUAAUUAAAAUAUUUAAGAAAAAAACUAAAGAAUAA